GGGAGCAGAUAUGAAAUUAAUAGAUUAACUGAGUUAUGGCAGUGAAAAUUAUUAAGAUAAUGUUUGCACAAGAUAAAAUCAACAUUGAUUAUAUCCUAUAUUAUAGAAUAACUGAAAAGGAUUAUGAUCAUAUGUUUGCACACCAGAAAAUGUCAGUAUUAAUUAUUAUCAUCCAUGACAGAAUAGAAUCAUUAGGAUGCAUGUCCCUGAUUAUUUGCUCUAUUUAUUUCAGUUGAGUUUGAGGGCCACAUUCCAACAAAGAUUCCUGUUCUACCCCCUUUAACUGAAGUCACAGUGUCAACACUAUUUGAAGAAAUAGAGAACCAGUGGGUGGUCUCUGACUCCUUAGACAUCAGUCUAUCAGAUGAGAAAUCAAUUGCCAAUGAUGUUGAUGAUGAAGAUUAUCAUCCACCUUCAGAGUUGGAUGUUCCAGCACAAGUGGCAGCUGAGCCCGUGGACACAACUACAGAACACGUAUCAAACAAGAAAUCCAAGAUUCCACCAAUGGGUAAGCCAUGUGGUCCCAAAUGCAAGUGGCAAUGUACUCAGAAUAUUUCAGAGGUUAGGCGAAAGGAAAUAUGGGGAAAGUAUUGGGAGAUGAAGAGGACAUGGAUCUUCCACAUGGUGGCACAGCAAUCUAAGAAAAAUGUCACUGUUGGUGCUGACAGUCGACGCAGCAGGUCGUUUCUGUACCAUCUUCCAAACCAGAGCGGUUCUGCACAACAGGUGUGCAAAGUGUUUUUUCUGACAACAUUGGGCUACCACCCCAAAAAUGACAGGUUGAUUGUCACAAUGAUGGGCAAGUCAAUCACCACCAAACUGAUUCCACCAAAGGAUCAGAGGGGAAAGAAAGCUUCAGUGAGCAAAUUGAACAUGAAUCCAAUCCUGCAACACAUUGAGUCCUUCCAUCCCCAAAUCAGCCACUACAGACGAGAGCAUGCCUCACAUCGCCUCUACCUCCCUAGUGACGUCAAUAUUCGGUUCAUGCAUAAUGACUACAAGGAGAAGAACAAAGAUGCCAGCUGCGGUUAUGAAACCUAUCGCAAGGCGGUAAAGGGAAGGAACAUCAGCUUUGUGAAGCUUGGAGAGGAGUGUGAGCUCUCUUUGGUGCAGGGUCAUCAUCUGAAGAUGGAGCACAGGGAGAAUGAGGCCAUGGAAACCCAAGCCUGCCAAGACAACAGCCAUGCAGCACCUGAAUUCACCAUCACCAACCCCGACUGCAUGCAAUGUAGAAAAUAUGAGGAGCAUAAGUCUGCAGGGCAGAGCAGAAGCCAUUACCAGGCUGAUGCACAGAAAGAUUGGCCUGAGGACGGAUCUGUGAGGAGCGUUGAUAUGCAAAAAGUCAUCAUGCUCCCUCGCAUGCCAGGUGUGGAAACAGCAUUGUUCACAAGAAGAAUCGUUGCCUAUCACGAGACAUUUGCCACCAUUGGAAAGAAGUCUCAAAAGAAGAAGAAAACAAUCGCAGUGGUAUGGCAUGAAGGAACAGCUGGUCGGAAUGCAUAGGAGAUUAUUUCAUUUUACGUAACGGCACUGGAGAGUGAGAGAGAUGUCAAGCAUGCAGUGUAUUGGGUGGAUAACUGCACCCCAAAAAAAUACAAAUAAAAUGUUUUUAUUAGCAAUCUCAUGGUCAUUUAAAAAAUAAUUGUAUUACCCUACAUCAUACUUCGAUCAUGUUCCAUCAUUAUAUAUUACAAGACAGGUAAUCGUUUCAUGUAAUUCAAACAAUUUCAGUGCUGCUUUUCACAUAUUCUUAUAACAAGACAUGGGCUACUUGUCAAACACAGCAUGUAAUGUGACUAAUGCAGAACCUACAUCUCUAUGUAAAUGCAACUUGUAUCUCAGUGGAAGACACACAAAGGAUGCAGCUUCAACUCUGUUACACUGUCAGUAGUUACACUGCUCUUGUAUUAAUAGCAUAAAUGAGAAGUAUAGUAAACUAACAAAUGAAAAUGGCAGAUACUGCUCUUUGCUUUGGUAUUACCCUGCAAUUUAUAACAUAUCAUGCCAAGGAAGAAGGCAGUAACUGCCGUUUAAGGGUCAAAGGUCAUGUCAGAGGUCAGGGUCAACAUUAAUAAAAAAUGUACUCAAAGUAAGGCAACAGAUCAUUACAUCGCCAAUGUUCACCCUAGAAUUCAUUUGGCUGGACAAUUAAACAACUUUGAAGCCAUUCUCAGUUCCACUCUAUGAGAAGUUACUGCCUUUUUGCUUGGGAGGGCAGUAAUCAUAUUUCUAUAGCGUUUUUUGUAUCAUUCUUGUUGAAAAUUCUGUUUAUCUGUUAGUGAUUUUUGUAAUUUGAACAUGUUCUGUCUUUUUUGUCUCUUUAGCUAGCAAACGUUAGCUACCAGUACCUAGCUAACGUUAGUGCUAAUGACGUUAACGUUAUUAGUUGUUGCGGCAUCUUUAUUGAAAGUUAGGAAAUUAAGAUUUCAUUGAACCUUCUAGUGGGCUUCGACGUCUGAAGAAGGGAGCAGUACCUUUGCUAUUCCAGUGGAAUAACUACCCUGUCCAAGAGAUUGUCAUGUCACUGAUGGGAAGCAUCAACUGCAUCUGGGCUGUGGCUUGCCUUCUCACAACUACCAGUGUGGGCCUCUUGUGAAGGCAUGGGCCAAGGAGCAAUGAGCUACUACUGCAUUGCAUCUUCCCUUUUUUUGCUGUGACCAUCCACAUUGUUUAACAUCCUGUAGUCCAUUUAUUGAUAAUAAACACCUCUGCUUAUACUCCAAACAAUGUUAUAGAGUUUUUAUUUACAGUGACAAGAGAACAGAAAAAUGUAAGUAUUAUUUAAAAUAUUUUCUUUAUUAAUUGCAGACAGAUUCGUUUUGUUUCCCUUUCAUUAAUUGAAAGACAAAGGAGCCCGCCCCUUGUUAUUUAGUCUUUCCUGCCUAAGAACUUUUGCAUGUAUCAGUCACCCUUCUCUCUAAUUAGUGAGAACACCACUGGGUCUUUGUGUAUUCUCUCACCUGAAGAGACUAUGUGAAGCUCGUCGUCUUCACAGAACACACAUGUGCAGCCUUGAAAGUUGCUCUCUAUUCUGUAGCCAUCCAUAGGCAGUGAAGGGAAUGGUGGUGUCUCCUUAUGGUGAACUAUGUGUCGCGUUGUGAUUAAAGGCUGCUGGUAAGACAGGAGUCUCCCCACCUGUACCUUUCCAAAGUGGGAGUCGACUAAAAGCUUAUCAUGUGAAAUAUAAUGGUACAUUUGUGACGAACUCCAGACCAGCCAUUGCAUUGACAGCCGCUAUUGGGUUAGCUAGCUGGCCUCUGACAUUCAUCCUAGCUUUACUAUCAACUGGCAAGCUUUAUCAGGCAGCUUUAGAUGCAAGGGGAAACCGGAUAUAUUUGCUAGUGAACCAUCUGAUUGGUGAAGUUGAUAUAAAUUCCAUUACUUAGCUAGCGAUCUAGCUAAAUUGAAAGUACUGGGGGAAAGCUAGCUAACUAACUACCACCAUCACUGAAGUGUAGCUAAUGUUAGCUAGGUUUCUAGAAAAUAAAAACUAUAUAUUUGUUAGCUAUAUUUUAAAGACUUGUUACUUUUGAACACUUGUCAAACUACUUCAUUUCACUGCCUGUUUUAUUGAUGAAUUAGUGACUGAAAAGUUGUAAAGAAAAAUGCCCCUCCCAAUUUCACUGCAAAUAGCCUACUAGGCUGUAUUGGUUGGGUAUCAUUUGCCUGGUGGGCACAUUACAUAAGUGUUUAAUUAGCCAAUUUACUGACUGACUGGGCAUAUUGUUUUUCAUGUUUUUGUUAUUGCAUUUCAGGUGGAGCAGGAGUAAGAUCACUAGAAAGCAGCAUGCUGCCAGGCCACCACAGGACCCUAGAGGUCUCUGCAUGCUGUGACAAGGGCCUGGAUGGUGACAUAUGCUUCAAGCUGCCUGACUGAAUACUGGGGCCUUCAGCAGUACCUUCUCUUUGAUUACAGCAAGAGUCUCCUUAUGUCUCGUAGCCAUUUAACAUGUACUUGCCUUUGAUGAGGGGCCAGGAGCUGAUCUAUGCUGUUAUGCCCAUCAAUGGGGCUCUGGAAAAGACCUCACCUCUUGCCUGUUCACCAACGGUCAUCAAUAGAGAGAACAGA